GUCGAUUCCCAGGAGAACAUGGGAAAAUAGUAUGGGCAGUGUGGUGGGGGAGCACGAAAGCCCCGAACAGAUGGAGGAACAUGUGUGGGGGAUCCUCGGAUCUGUGUGCAUUCACUUGCGAACCCCUGGGCCCCCGUCGGAGGCGGGGGCGGCGGCGAGGGGGCCGCCGAGAAGGGCGCGCCAGGGCGCGAGCGCCCCGACUGGACCUCCCGGUACCACGUGGUGGACGCGUCGGGGGCCGCGACGCCGCUGGAGGAGCUGUCCUGGCCGCUGCACCCCGCGCUGGAGCGCUCGCUGCGCAAGGCCGGUUUCUGCCAGCUCUUCGCCAUCCAGGCCGCCGUGGUGCCGCUGCUGGCCAGGGCCGCGGAGGCGGCGUGCGACGAGGACUCGCCGUACUCGUGCGACGUGUGCGUGGCCGCGCCGACAGGCCAGGGGAAGACGCUCGCCUACGCCGUGCCCAUUGUGCAGGCUCUCAUCCACAGGCUCGCCCCCGUGCCGCGCGCGGUCGUGCUCCUGCCGACCCGCGACCUGGCCAUGCAGGUGUUCCGGGUGUUCGACACCCUCAGGCGCGGCCUGGGGCCCGGGGUGUCGCAGGUGACGGCGCAGUGCCUCGUGGGGCAGCGCUCCUUCGCGGAGGAGCAGCGCCGGCUCCGCGAGCACCCGCCGGACGUGGUCGUGUGCACUCCCGGGCGCUUCGCCGACCACAUGUGAUGGGCCUGUUGUC